GCUUCCUUAGUUCAUUUAUGCCCUUUCGUCAAUUGCCUUUAGCUUGUUUGCCGAGAUCACCACCACCAUCACUACCACCAGCAACCCUCUGUCCCCCGGGAACCACCAACUCGUCAACAAUAUCCAGCACCCAAUAAGACGGAGAGUGUGAAUAUCAGUUCACUUGAAAAAGCAUUAAAAAUGGACAUUUUCUCAAAUGCUUUCUCAGUGUUAGCGCUUGAAGAUGCUGAUGAUCCUUCCACAUUGUCUUCAACUAGCGCCGUUUCCAACACAGGGGAGGGUGGUAACAAAAGUAAAAGCUCAGACGACAAGCUGGUGGUGGAUAAUGGAAAUAACAAAGAACAGAAGUUAGGUUUAACUGUAGCAGAAUACAAAUUACCCCUUGUCUGGAUUGAUUUAGAAAUGACUGGUUUAAACGUCGAAGCUGAUCGAAUUUUAGAGAUAGCUUGUAUCAUAACAGAUGGCAGUUUGUCUAAAUCGGUGGAGGGCCCGGAUUUCGUUAUCCAUCAAUCUCAGGAAUGUUUGGAGAAGAUGAAUGACUGGUGUAUAGAUCACCAUGCAGCUAGUGGGUUGACAAAGAAGGUUCUUCAGAGUAUAGUCAGUGAACAAGAGGCUGAGCAGCAGGUUAUAGAGUUUGUCAAGAAACAUGUUGGUACAUAUACACCCCUACUUGCAGGAAACUCAGUUUAUACAGAUUUUAUAUUCCUCAAGAAAUAUAUGCCAGACUUGGCAAGCUUAUUUUCUCAUGUCCUUGUAGACGUUAGCAGUGUGAAGGCCUUAUGUGUUCGGUGGUAUCCUAAAGCUCACAGAAAGGCACCUGCAAAAUCGCAGAAACACAGGGCUUUGGAUGAUAUCAGAGAAAGCAUACUUGAACUCAAGUACUACAAAGAGAGCAUAUUUAAAUCAUCCAAGAAAUGAGUAGCUGUAUUUAUGAACCAUAUAUGUCUGUAGAUGUAGACGUUUUGAUGAAACCAGCUUUAUGACAAACAUCUGUGAAGAAUUCAGGGAUUGAACUUCGAUCCUGACUCUGUGAUCCCUUCAGUUCAAUCAUAUGAACAAAUAUCUAUGAGAUGAUUUGCAUAAUGCUUGAAGAUGCCUCCUUGUUCUUUCCCUUUUUUUUUUCUCCCCAGUCCAGGACGACGACCAGACAGUGUCGAACCAUUAAGUUCGAUUAACUUGUUUCAGCGAGAUUUAAGUUUUUAUAUAUGAAGUAUAAUAUUUAGUUUGUUUACAUUUAUAA